AUGGCACCAAGAGAAUUCGACCUAAACCAUGUGCCAGCCGACUGGGACCUCAACGAUGGCAUCGAUUGGGGAGAUGCCAUUGGCGACCGGGAUGCACCGGCGCAUGAACUCGACUACGACAUGGUGCGGGAUGAUGGAGAAACAGAUGGAGAUGGGCUAGGAGUGCACAACCAGGGAGAUGAUGAUUCUUGUGAUGCUCCUUCAGGAGGAUAUACUGACCCGGUCGGAGGGCAUGAUGCAAGUAAUCAUGUAGUGAUUGGGGCUUUGGAACUUGGAGAUGGAACCGGAGAUGGAGGAUCUACUGGAGAUGAAGGAUCGAAUGCUAAGAAGAGGAGGAGGUACUACUCAGACGAUUUAAAGAUCGCUAUCUACCUGGAGUUGUUGGCAAAGACUGAUCCACCUGUGCUGCGUCGUGGAGUUUCAAGUCAGGUUGCACUGAAAUUUGGUGUGCCUCUGAGAGUAGUGCAGUCUGUGUGGCGCAAGGGUCAGGAUUAUGGUAGUAUAGAUGGUGUUAAAAACAAGAUGCAUAAGAAUUGUGGUCGCAAGAGAAUAGAAAUAGAUUUUGAAGCCAUCAAAGCUGUGCCUCUGAGUGAGCGCACAACCUUUCAGAAACUUGCCAAUGCGUUGGGUGUGAAGAAGAGCACACUUCAUAGCCGUUUCAAGGAAGGGUAUUUCGUCAGGACGCCAAAGACCUAA